GGUUUGUUUACCGCUAGUGAUAAGAACAAAAAUAUUGUGGCGCAGUGAAUCAGCAAAUCGAUCGCCACUUUUAGGCUUUCCAGUGAAAUUUGAAUCUUAUUUCAUGUUCUUUGACUUUCUUAAGCAUCUGAUAUUCAAACAGCAGAAAAUGACCGACCGAGAAAGUAUAAAGAUAGAGUUUGCCGUGCAGAUAUCCGGAACCAAAUGCGCCGAUAAGGUGCGAGCUGCCCUGGAAGGCGUUGGCAAGGUGGACAUAGACGUGGACAAGGGUAGCGUUCUGGUGGAGACGGCGCUGCCCUGGAUUGAUGUGCACCGGCUGAUUGAGAACACCGGAAGGCGAGCGGUGCUGUCAGGUUUCGGAGGUCAAUCCGCCGUUGCGAUGGUAGACCACGGCAACGAGCUGAGCAAGGUACGAGGCGUAGUUCGGUUCUGUGCUCUGUCGACUAACGAGAAGGGAGCCGUUGUGGACGGAGUGAUCGAUGGGCUGCAGGAAGCGCGGCCCUACAAGCUGAACGUGCACGAGUGUGGCGACAUAUCGGAAGGAUGUGCCUCGGUGGGUGAGGUUUACGACUCCAAUGAUAUACAAUCGGACGAGACCGGAAGGGCAACGAUUCGGUUCGUGAACGACCGGCUGGCAGUGUGGGACCUCAUAGGAAGAUCGGUGGUCAUAACGGAAGCGGAAGGGGACCGAAGGUUAUCAUGCGGAAUCAUAGCGAGAUCGGCUGGCAUUUUCGAAAACUACAAGAAGAUAUGCGCCUGCGAUGGAGUUACGAUUUGGGACGAACGGGAAAGGCCUCUGGCCGGCAGUAAACGGCGAGAGAAUGCUCCAGCGUAGGUAGGGCUCUUCGAUGGGGGUGGGAAUUGAUAUGGUCAUUUAAUGGAUAAUGGUGGACUGAGAAGGUAAAUAAUACAGGGCUUAUAAAGCUA